AAAUUGCAAGCCCAAGGAGCUAGGAGCCAUAAGAAAACUCCCCAACCCCAGACCAAAGAUUCUCUUCUCAACUAACUACAAAUCCCUGCAUUUUUUUUUUCUCUGUCAACAAGAAAACAGAACAUGUUCUCCAAAUCCAGCAAAACAAAACCAUGGCAAAUUCCUCUUCUUUCAACAACCGCAACGCUGUAAUAACCUCAAUAUUCCUUGUCUCAUUCCUUUUAACAGUUUUCCUCUUCAACAAACGAGCUCUUGAGCCCUCUCUCUUUUUCUACAGAGAUUUCUUUCCACAAAGAGCUACUGCCCCCCUCACUUCCUCCCCCAAUUUCACCCUUCCUGACUCAGAACAACCAGUUGACUCAGCGACUAACCAACCCGUUUCUCGAAAUGAGACUAUUGAGUCCAAAACUGGUGAUGAUUCAACUAAAGUGGAGGUGUCUGCUGAAAAUGAGAAAGACAACCCAGAUGGGGAUUUUGAGUCUGGUGGGGGUUCGAGUGAUAACUCAACAAAUGUGGAGGUUUCUAGUGAAAACGAGAAGGACCCAGAUGGGAAUUUGGAGACUGGUGCGGAUUUGGAUGGUAAUGAUGAUGAUAAGUUGAUGGCGAGUUUGAAAAGUUGUGAUCUUUAUAUGGGUACUUGGGUGAAAGAUGAAGAGUAUCCGAUUUAUGAAGCUGGUUCUUGUCCUUAUGUUGAUGAGGCCUUUGAUUGCCAAGGCAAUGGAAGGAAAGAUUCUGAUUAUCUUAAAUGGCGUUGGAAGCCUUAUGAUUGUGAUCUUCCAAGGUUUAAUGCAACAGACUUCUUGACAAGAUUGAGAGGGAAGAGGCUCAUGCUAGUUGGAGACUCCAUGAAUCGAAAUCAGUUUGAAUCAAUGCUAUGUCUCCUCCGUGAAGGCCUGCCUGAUAAGAGCAAAAUGUUUGAGAUCCAUGGCAACAAGAUAACGAAGGGAAGAGGCUACUAUGUUUUCAAAUUUGUGGUGCUUGGGCAGGAUUAUGAGUGUACUGUGGAAUUUGUGAGGUCACAUUUCCUUGUGAAAGAAGGGGUGCACAUAAACGCACAAGGAAGCUCAAAUCCAACUUUAUCUAUAGAUGUAAUUGACAAGACAGCUGGCCGAUGGAAGAGGGCUGACAUUCUGGUUUUUAAUACUGGGCACUGGUGGGCUCAUGGAAAGACAGCUCGAGGGAAAAAUUACUAUAAAGAAGGUGACUAUCUCUAUCCAAAGUUUGAUGCAGUUGAGGCUUACAGAAGGGCUCUGAAGACCUGGGCAAAAUGGAUUGACCAAAAUGUGGAUCCGAAAAAGCAGUUAGUGUUCUAUCGUGGAUACUCCUCAGCCCAUUUCAGUUAUGAAUACUCAAUUAUUUAUUCCUUUCCACAUUAUUUCCAACAAGCAGAGGUGGGGACUGGGAUUCAGGAGGGACAUGCAAUGGGGAGACUGAACCAGUUUUAAGUGGGGCAAUUCUCAACAACUAUCCUGUCAAAAUGAAGAUAGUAGAGGAGGUAAUCCAGGAAAUGAAGAAUCCAGUUACACUACUAAAUGUGACAAGGUUGACCAAUUUUCGAAAGGAUGGACAUCCAUCAAUCUUUGGCAAGAACGCAACUGCAGGGAUAAAGGUUUCAACAAGGCGCCAAGACUGCAGCCAUUGGUGUGUUCCAGGCGUCCCUGAUGCAUGGAAUGAGCUGAUAUAUGCAACUUUGCUUCAACAAACAGUUUCCAAGAGUUGAAACAGCAAUCUUCGCUUCCCAUUUUAAACAGGGAAAUCUUUUUUAUAGUUUUACUUUGACUAGGUACGGAGAAUUCCAAGUUUUGUGUUGUACAAGACUUGCAAUGUGAAUUCUGGAUUUGCAAGUCAUGGAAAAAUAUUUUUUCUUACAACCAUUUAUUGGUGCAUGAUAUAUACAUACAUAUAUAUAAACAUAUAUGCAUAUGUGAAAGGUUUACUGAUGAUUCGAGAAGUUUUACCA